AUGCCUCAACUCCACGCGUUCAUGCUUUUGCCAUCUAAUUCUAAACCCUUUCCCCAUCACAAUAUUUUGUCGUCUUCAUCAUCUUUUUCUUCUUCUGCUCCAGCUCGACGUCGUUUCCCAAGGACUUUCUCUCCCACUAAGCCUCCCAAUCUCAAACGUCUCACCUCUCGCAUCGUCCAACUCACUCGCCGCAAGCAGCUUGAUCAGAUAUUGGAGGAAAUCGAGAACGCGAAGAGAGAAUACGGAAAACUGAACACCAUCGUCAUGAACGCGGUGAUGGAGGCUUGCGUUCAUUGUGGAGAUGUUGAUGUGGCUCUCAACAUUUUUAUCCAAAUGACUCAACCCCACAGUUGUGGCGUUGAUACGGUUACGUAUGCUACACUGUUGAAGGGGUUGGGUCGGGCUCGAAGGUUUGAUGACGCGUUUCAAUUACUUGAGUCUGUGGAAAAAGGCACAGCUGCAGGGAAGCCAAAGUUGUCAACACAGCUUAUCUACGGUUUGUUGGAUGCCUUAAUUGAAGCAGGAGACCUUCGCCGUGCUAAUGGUCUUCUUGCCCGCUAUGGUUUUCGUCUUCGUGAAGGAGGAAGUCCUUCAAUAUUGACUUACAAUUUGCUAAUGAAGGGAUACAUAAGCACAGGGUGUCCACAGGCUGCAAUAAACCUGCAUGAAGAAAUACUACUUCUUGGGCUGAAGCCUGAUAGACUGACAUACAAUACUCUCAUCUUUGCAUGUGUCAAGGCAGAAAGUUUAGAUGCUGCAAUACGAUUUUUUCAGGAAAUGAAGGACAAAGCACAGCAGUUAUGCCAUUCAGAUCUUUACCCGGAUGUUGUUACUUACACCACACUAUUGAAGGGUUUUGGGCAUGCUAAGGAUCUUCAUUCAGUUCAGAAGAUUGUGAUGGAGAUGAAAUCUCGUCACGAUUUAUUCAUUGAUCGUACUGCAUUUACCUCAAUGGUUGAUGCCAUGCUAAAUUGUGGUUCAAUCAAGGGUGCACUUUGCAUAUUUGGAGAAAUAUUAAAGCGGGCUGGUGCAAAUGAGGGCUUGAGGCCAAAGCCUCACCUUUAUCUCUCCAUGAUGCGUACUUUUGCCGGUCGAGGGGAUUACAAUAUGGUUAAAAAACUACAUGAGCGCUUGUGGCCAGAUUCCGCUGGAACCAUCUCCCUGGCUGUUCAACAAGAAGCUGAUCAUCUUCUUAUGGAGUCUGCUUUAAAUAAUGGACAGAUUGAUGCAGCUUUGGAGAAUCUUACAAAAAUUAUUAACAGAUGGAAGUGUAUAUCAUGGACCAGUCGUGGAGGCAUGGUUGCUUUGCGUCUAGAGGCUCUUCUGGGAUUUACCAAUUCUAUGCUCAGUCCUUACUUACUUCCCCAGGUGUUGCCAGGUGAUCCCAUUGAGAGCAUCAUGAUGCCAUUUGAAACAGCUAGACCUCUACAUGGCACUUUGGAGUUGAAUAGGGUAGUAAUGCGCUUAUAUAGAGAGCCACUUGUGCCUAUUAUAGAUGACUGGGGAAGCUGCAUUGGGCUGUUACACCGUGAGGAUUGUUGUGAGAUGAAUGCCCCACUUUCAACAAUGAUGAGAAGUCCACCUCCUUGUGUUACAACGACAACAACUAUUGGUCAUGUAGUCGAUUUAGUUUUGGAAAAGAAGUAUAAAAUGGUUAUUGUUGUAAAACAUAGCAACUUGAACGGCACCACGCAUGGGUCUAGGGCAGUUGGUGUUUUUACUGUUGAACAAUUAUAUAACCUCGUAACACCUGUACCAGAGGUGUUGAAACAAAAACACUCAGUUCAUAGAAGUUUAACUAUGUUUUGAUGCCUUUCUCA